AGUUACUGGUCAAUAUGUCUGCCUGGCCCAAAAUUAUCUCGUGGCCUGUAUUUACAGCCCAACACGUGUAGCCCAAUUUUGAUAGCUAUCAACUCACCGUUUGAUUUCUUUUACUGCAUCCGAUACUUGUGAAAAGCUUCAUCUGCAAAGCCCUCUUCUUCAAACGCCUCUUCGCUUCAUAUUUGUGCUCUCUUGCUUCUCGCCUCUGUCUAUUGGUAUUUUCUACUAGGAAUAAUGGGUUCUGAACAAAAAAAAACAUGUUUGCUUCGCAAAAUCGGAAGCUGAGAUGAAACUUAGGCGACAUGAAACGUACAGACUAAUAUCUGCGGAAAAAAAAGAAGCACUGUUACUACAACAACGAACAAAAAGACAAGAGUCAAAAAGGCGUAGUCUUUCUGAGAAUGUUGCUUUUCCUGGCGUUACUCCAGCUGCAACUGAGUUUCAGCAAUAAAAUAUUUCUCUUAGGGGCUCUUCUUUUGUUUCAAAAACAGGUCAGAACACAUCCUUUGUUAUUUUAUUUUUGGUAGAGAUGUCCCUUCACGCUCUUUGCAUGUGAGUAUAAUUAAAUGAUGCUAAAUGUGUGUUGUGUUUCCCCUAUUGGCCAAGGAGCGUCACGUUGAUGCUUUACCAGUUACAUUUGACAAGCAAAAGAUUAUAACUUAUCCCUUCUACUCCUUUGAAGUAGGCAAGUAUCAAGGAUGCAACGUUGACUCUUACAUAAUGUCUUUAUUUAUUCCUAAUUUAUUACUUUUUGGCGUUAGGCUCAACGUCACGUGCAUCUAAUGAAAACAGUAGUAUGAGCUGAACAAUGGUUGGAAAAAAAGGUUUGCACCAAUCUUUUAUUAUGAUAGUGUUGUAUAUGCUAAUGAUACUUAAAUAUACAGGUUAUAACUCAACAAAAAAAAAGUUGUACAUACGUAGGUUAGUUACAAUCUGAUUAUGUUCCCUUGAGGACUGUUCCUAAUUGUAAAUUUUGUGGUACAAAAAAAUUUGAAUAUGAACCGCCUAGAUUCUGUUGUAACAAUGGUUCGAUCAAGUUAGUUUCACAUGAUGCCUGCUGAACUACAAAAUUUAUAUUGAGGGACUACCGAAGAAUGUAAACAUUUUCGAACAUAUAUCAGAACAUACAAUAAUAUGUUUGCAUUUACAUCACUUGGUGUAAAUUAUGACAAAGAAUUAGCAAAAAAAAAAAUUAUGGUAUUUAUACAUUUAGAGUUCAAGGAAAGAUGUACCAUUUUAUAAAUGAUUUGCUGCCUCCGAGUGGAAUUGCAAGAAAUCUACAACUAUACUUCUACGGCAACGAUAACAAAUUAGCUAACAGAAUGGCUUGCUUUGAAAAAAUCCAUGAAUCAAUAGUCAAAAAACUAAUGAAUAUACUGAGAACUAAUCCAUACUCUAUUUUCUUAAAAUCCUUAAUAGAUGUUCCAAAUCUAUGGAACUACAAUAUUGCACUUGAAUCUGACUCAGGUUUGUAUCAACGUGUAUACAAUCUUCCUACUAAACCAGAAGUUGCAGGAAUAUAGGUUGAAAAAAAAUCACUGAAGUUAGUUCUGCACUUCAUAUUCGAAUCUACACUCUUAGCAACAGAUCUCAAAUAGUGAACUACUAUUACGGAUGUUAUGAUCCGUUACAGUACCCACUAUUAUUUUCAUAUGGUCAAAGUGGAUAGCACUAUGGCAUUAAAUAAAAUUAUACAACCAAAAGAUGCUUCUAAACGUCGAGCCUAUUGUGAACACGAAGAAUUACCAAGUAUUAGAAAUAUGUGUUCUGUUGAUGGAUACCUUGACAUGGAAGCUCAAAAUCUUGAAAAAGAAAAACGAAAAAGAGAUAAUAUCUCUGUUCGUGAAUAUUACUGUUAUAAAUUCCAAAUGAGAGAAGAUGAAACAAAUGAAACUUUGCAUUCUGGAAGAUUAUUUCAACAAUAUUCAGUAGAUGAACACAUAAAACUUGAAACACAGAGAUUGAACUUUUUUUCAUUCAACCUAAAUCUCUUUAGAAUAGAAAUGCUACAAGGACUCAUUGAUGUUUUAAGACUUGGAGAAAGAGACGCUUCAAAUAUAGAAAAACAAACAUUCCUUCCUGUUAUUUUAUUGGAGGACCAAGAGACAUGCGUCGACGCUACAUGGAUGCUAUUUCUUUAGUACAACAAUUUAGAAAACUUGAUCUAUUCAUAACGAUGGCUUGUAACACAUCUUGGCCCGUGAUAAAAGAGCACUUGCUAUCAACUGACGAAGCACAGAACAAACCUGAUUUAAUUAGUCGAGUUUUUAGAGCAAAGUUAGAAGAACUGAAAACAGAUUUAUUAAAAAGAAAUAUCUUUGGAAAAAGUUGCAGCUUUUAUGUAUACUGUAGAAUUUCAAAAACGUGGUUUACCACAUGCGCAUUUCCUUAUUAUACUUACCAAUGAAUACAAGCUAUUUACUCCCGAAUCUUAUGACAAUAUUGUUUGAGUUACCUGAUUGUAAAGCUGAAGAAACCUUAUAUAAACUUGUUCUCCAACAUAUGAUGCAUGGACCUUGUGGUAAGUUAAAUCCUACAAAUUCAUGCAUGCAAAAGAAAAAAACGGUUAUUGCAAAUUCAAAUAUCCAAGAAGCUUUGCUGAUCAAACAUCAAAAGGAAAAAAUUCUUACCCAAUUUAUAGAAGACGAAAUACGGGACUUGUAAAAGUCAAAGAUCACUAUUUCGAUAACUCAUGGGUUGUCCUUUAUAAUCCAUUCUUACUUGAAAAAUUCAAUUAUCAUAUAAUUGUUGAAAUUUGUUCAAAUAUUAAAGCUGUUAAAUGUAUUUAUAAAUACAUCUGCAAAGGUCAUGAUAAAAUCGCAUUUCACAUACAUGACAAUGACGCAAAUGUUGAAGUUGAUGAAAUAAAAGAAUAUCAAUCUGCUCGAUGGGUAUCACCACCUGAGGUUACAUGGAGUUUAUUUGGUUUCCCUAUUAAUGAGAUGACACCAGCUGUUUAUCAUCUUCAGUUACAUCUUGAAGGACAACAAUUUGUUUCUUUUAGGAGUGCGUCGAGUAUAAACUCAAUUAUGAAUAAUCCUAUGAUUAGAAAAACAAUGUUAACAGAACUUUUUGCUAUGAACAAAACAAAUAAAGAUGCAAUAAAGCUCAAUCUAUUGUAUAAAGAAUUUUCACAAUAUUUUGUAUGGUCUGUACAAUAUAAAAUGUGGACCCGUCGAACAAAGGGUAAUGUCAUUGGAUGUGUUGUAACAUGUCAUCCAACAGAAGGUGAAAGAUAUUAUCUGAGAUUAUUAAUAAUGAAUAUAAUAGGAACAAAAUCAUAUGAAGACCUACUAACUGUAAAUGAAGUACGUUGCGAUAUAUUCAGAGAAUCAGCUAAAAAAAGAGGACUACUUCAUUGUGACAAUAACUUAGCUGAAUGUAUGGUAGAAGCUGAGAGUUGUCAAAUGCCAUGUAGCUUGAGACGCUUGUUUGCUACAUUGUUGGUAUAUUGUGAUCCUGCUAAUCCAAGAGAAUUGUGGGAGAAAUUCAAGGACUAUGUCUGAAGACUUCAAAAUUUUUCCAGACAUCGGAACAAAAAGUGUCCGAUAUAAAAUUUUAGAUUGUCUCAGUGACAUCUUACAUUCGAUGGGACAUAACAUUAAUGAGUAUAAACUUAUCCCUGAAAAUUUUAAGGCUUCAAAGGCUUCCAAAGAAGCAAGAGAAAUAUUCUUUGAAAGAAACAUAAUCGUUACUGAAGAAGAGCUAUUACUGCGACAAAAGUUGAACCGUAAACAACAGAUGGCAUACAAUGUUAUUAUAGACAGACAGAGUAGGAGGUUUUUUUGUUGACGGACCUGGAGGAACAUGUAAAUUUUUUUUAUAUCUUGCCUUAUUAGCUACUGUGCGAUCUAAAGGAUUUAUUGCUCUAGCAACAACAACCUUUGCGGCUUCGAUUCUUCCGGUGGCCGUACGGCUCAUUCCCGUUUUAAAAUUCAGAUUGACAUUGAUGAAAACUUUAGUUGCAAUAUUAGCAAACAAAGUUAACUUGCCUGUUUGAUUCGAGAUGCAAAAUUAAUUGUAUGGGAUGAAGUAUCGGUGGCAAAAAAGAAAAUAAUUGAAACUUUUGAUCUACUUUUGAAAGAUCUCUUGAAUACUAAUAUGCUUUUUGAUGGUAAAGUUGUCUUUGGUGGUGGUUUUAGACAAACUCUACGAGUAGUUAGAAACAGAAAAAGAGAAGAUUUUAUUCAUGAGAGUUUAUUAUAUUCUGACAUUUGGCCCCGACUUAAAAAAUUGCAACUGUCAGAAAACAUGCGUGCAAAAACUGAUCCGGCCUUUUGUGAAUAUUUGAUGAGAAUAGGAAAUGGAGAACCUCUUACUUCUGAAAACAAAAUUGAAAUUUCAAAUUCAUUUAUUGUCCCUUAUACUACUGAACAGGAAUCUUUGAAUGCAUUAUUUGAAACAACAUUUCCUAAUAUGCAUGAUUUUUUCUCCGAUGCAUCUUCAGUGACUUCCCGUGUUAUUUUGACGACGAAAAAUAAUUUUGUAACUGAAAUAAAUGAUAUGCUUAUAAGCAAAUUUCCAAAAGAAGCUAAAACAUUUGUUGCAAGUGAUGAAACAUGUGAAUCGAAUGAUCAAAGUCAGUAUGAAGAUUUUUUGCAUUCUUUAAAUCCUGCUGGUUUACCUCCUUACAGAUUAAUUUUGAAAGAAAAUUAUCCAAUUAUAUUACUUCGAAUUUUGAAUCCUUGUGAAGGUUUAUGCAAUGACACAAGGUUGACAUGUUGUGAUUUUAAAACACAUGUUAUAAGCGCAAAAAUUGCAAGCGGUGACUUUAAAAAUACACAUGUGUUCAUUCCGAGAAUACCAUUGAUGUCAUCAGAAGAUGAAAAAUCACCAGUGCAGUUUAAAAGAACAUAAUUUCCAGUAAGACUGUGUUUUGUUAAAUAAAGCACAAGGUCAAACAUUAGAUUUUGUUGGUAUAUAUUUACGAGAACCAGUGUUUUCACAUGAUCAGCUUUAUGUUGCAUUGUCGAGAGCAAAAGCUUCCAAAUGUCUCAAGAUAUUAAUUAGGCCGCCAAACUCAGAUAGUGAUGACGAUCAUUCUACAUACAAUAUAGUUUAUGAUGAAAUCAUUCAAAAGGCUUUCUUGUGAAUCUUUUACAUGUUACUCUAUAGCGUCUGCUAAACUAAACAGAGUUGAACAUACACAGUUUUAGCACAAGAACACCCAUCUUGUUUGUGGAACAUGUAUUUAAAAGAUUGAUGUUGUACGAGUAUUGGAUGGUUUUAGUAGCACUAAAGAGCUCCAUCAAGAUUCGAGGCUUUUGAAGACCAAUUCUCGUGGCAAGGGCAUAGCGGAAUAAAAUAUUACACGGGUUGAGAUCCAGGUGCUCCCGAAUAUGGCAGUUGCUAGAUUUCAGAAUUUACUAUGUGGAAAUUAUCAAGGUAGCUGCUUGGCGUCCGCAGACUUUGAUUCCUUCCUUUUUAGAUAUUGUACUGUUCUAUAUUUUUAGACAGUGAUUUUAUCAGUCAGACCUUGUAUUCAUUUAGAUGCUCAUGUACCUAGUGACACCA